AUGGCUUCCACACAGGCAUGGUGGAUGGACAAGUCAUAUUUCUGCAAUAAUGCUGAGUUGAAAGGUGCCAUCAACCUGUCACUCACAUGGUUUCAACAGGGUCAUGGGCCCCAAAAUAGCUUCCUAGAAGCCUCAUGGCUGCUCAAAUCCAGGACAGAAAACACUUCUACAAGGGAAUGGGUCAACCAAAUGUCCAACACCAAUGCCCUGUUAUCUGCAAUCCUGCAUGUCAUUCAUCCACAAAUGUAUGCAGAUGGCAGAGAAGCAUUGAUCUGCCUUGGUGAACAGGCAGUGUAG